CGUCCUACUCGGAGCAAAACUGCCAGAUAUUGUGGUCGUGUCUUCGGUACUAGUGAUUCUACAACUGGAAUUGCCCACUAAAAGGCUCCCUUUACACUGGCGUGUCAAAGGGACCACCAUGAGACACGCACAGGAUAUCGCUGGACGAGCUCUGCAGGAGACCCGGCAGGAGGAGCGAGAACAGAUGCGAUUUCGUCAUCGGAGGAAAAAGAGAUUCGUCGAGUUGAAAGGUGUUUCAGCGGAGAUGCUGACGCUCUGCAUCGGUGGAGUGCGACAACGGAUGAGAGGAAGCUGCCCCUCCUGGCCACUUCCUGACCAGGAGGGGCUCCCAGGAGGCCGCCGCAACACAUGGGCCUCCGUAAACGCACCUCCGCCACCCACGCAAAACACCAACACGCCGGCUGCCCUUCAAGUAACAGACAGACGACUGUCCGGGGGCACCGCCACGGCUGACCAACUCGACGCCCAGGCUCGCACCAAGCAGACCUGGAGGGGACGGACGCAUCAGGUCCCGAUCUAACGGCUCGUGAAUCCUCGACCCGUCAGCGAGAAAUCCGAGACGCGACCUUGGAUAGGCAGGUCCAUAGGGCAUGGACGCUUACAUCAGAACCUGCAUGAAGAGUCUCCUGCAGGAUCGGCAGGACGGUAAAGGUCCUCGUAUAACGGACUAUACCGACCCGACCUGUGUCAGCAAAUCCAAUACCAGACAUUGGAAACAGGUCCUUCGAAACGGACGAUUACACUUGGACCCGUCGACGAGCGCCUCGGAGGGCCCCUUCACAGCUCUCGCGCGCCGCCGACCCGCCUCGCGCCACCCACUGCGAAUGCCAAGACGCGACUUUGGCAAGUGGUUCGGCCAGAGGCGUGGCCACGGCGCCGCGGGGACACGGAGGCCGGCCUCGGCCAACCUGGAAGGCGUAAGUGUGGUCUCGGCAAUGAGUGAUCAGCCUUGAGGAUCCCAAGACAACAGACGUCACUAGCACGAAGUCCAAGUGGCGGCUCUCGAGCGGAGGGCGUGUCAACCAGUUCCGGCGCUACACAGCACAAAGGUCACCUCUCUUUUGGGAACAGUUCCUGCCAGGGAACAAACCACGGAAAUGGAACAACACAACUAGAGUACAAGAAGAGGGGAGAGGGGAGAGAGGCAGAGUAAGGAAGCCACAAGUCUCCCCACAAAAUCCCCACAAGAGGCAAGCAAAGCCUCCAGAGGUUCGUCAUCCUCUAACCCCAGACUUCGAGUCCCAACUCUCGAGAUCGCACUCGGCGAGAGGGGGAGGGGAGGGAAAGCAAAUAAACUUUUGAGGCUUAA